GCCGCGUGUGCGGGACGCCGGGACGGGGCGGCGGGGAAGGGGCGCAGCGGCGAGGUGAGCGUGGCAGGCUAUGGGAUGGAUGAAGCUGAGCAGGACCAGUAUGAAGCUCGGCUCAAGGAGCUCUUCGACAGCUUUGACAGCACGGGCACGGGCUCCCUGGGGCAGGAGGAGCUCACUGACCUCUGCCACAUGCUGCACCUGGAGGAGGUGGCCCCAGCACUGCAGCAGACUCUCCUCCAAGGAAACCUCCUAGGCAGGGUCCACUUUGAUCAGUUUAAAGAAGCACUUAUCCUCAUCUUAUCCAGAACCCUGUCAAAUGAAGAGCACUUCCAAGAACCAGAUUCCUCCCCGGAAGCACAGCCCAAGUACAUCAAAGGUGGCAAACGCUACGGCCGGCGUUCCCUGCCGGAGUUCCAGGAGUCCGUGGAGGACUUUGCCGAGGUGACGGUCAUUGAGCCUCUGAGCGAGGAGGCACAUCCCACACACAUCCCCUCCAGUGAGCAGCGCUGGAAGACGCGAGACAGCGAGGAGUACGAGGCCGAGGGACAACUGCGCUUCUGGAACCCAGACGACCUGAACGCCUCCCCUGGCACCUCCCCCAGCCCAGACUGGAUAGAGGAGAAGCUGCAGGAGGUCUGUGAGCACCUGGGGAUCACUAGGGAUGGCCACCUGAACAGGAAGAAACUGGUUUCCAUCUGUGAGCAGUACGGGUUGCACACGGUGGCCGGGGAGGUGCUCGAAGAGGUGCUCCACAACCUGGAGCAAGAUGGGACCAUGAGUGUAGAGGACUUCUUUUAUGGCCUGAUUAAAAAUGGGAAGUCACUGACACCCUCGGCGUCUACUCCGUACCGACAGCUGAAACGGCACCUCUCCAUGCAGUCCUUCGAUGAGAGCGGGCGGCGCACGACCACCCCCUCGGCCAUGCCCAGCACCAUCGGCUUCUCCCUCUUCUCCAGCCUGGAUGACGGGAUGGGGUACGGCUGCGUGGAGGGUGUCCUCGACUGCUGGCACCAGGAGGGCAUAGAGAACAGCCAGGAGAUCCUGAAGGCUCUGGACUUCAGCUUGGAUGGGAAGGUGAACUUGACGGAGCUGACGCUGGCCCUGGAGAAUGAGCUCCUAAUAACCAAGAAUGGGGUCCACCAGGCAGCCCUGGCGAGCUUCAAAACGGAGAUCAGGCACCUCGUGGAGAGGUUUGACCAAGUGGCCAGAGAGAAGGAGAAGCUGCGGUCGGACUUGGAGAAGGCCGAGAAGCUGAAAUCCCUGAUGGCCUCCGAAGUGGACGAUCACCACGCCGCGAUUGAGCGCCGGAACGAGUACAACCUCAGGAAGCUGGACGAGGAGUACAAGGAGCGAAUCGCGGCUCUGAAGAACGAGCUCCGGAGAGAGAGGGAGCAAAUCCUGCAGCAGGCGAACAAGCAGAGGCUGGAGCUGGAGCAGGAGAUUGAAAAGCUGAAAACAGAUGAGAAUUACAUCCGGGACCGCCUGGCCCUGUCCCUGAAGGAAAACAGCCGCCUGGAAAGCGAGCUGCUGGAAACGGGAGAGAAACUGGCCGAGUGUGAAAGUCUGGCAAGCAAACUGCAGAGGAACUUGGAAAACGUCCUGGCUGAGAAGUUUGGUGACCUGGAUCCCAACAGUGCAGAGUUUUUCCUGCAGGAGGAGAGACUGGCCCAGAUCAAGAGCGAGUACGAGCAGCAGUGCAGAGAGCUGCAGGACCAGAUCGAUGAGCUGCACUCGGAGCUGGAGGAGUACCGUGCCCAGGGUAAAGUGCUCAGGCCUUCCCUGAAAAAUUCCCUCUCGGAAGAGUUUGAUAUCGAUGUGAAGAGUCACAGCAACAGCGGGAUCGAGCCUGACCAAGGACUUGGUUCAGAAGACUGUAACCCACUAAAUAUGAGCAUAGAGGCAGAAAUGGCCAUUGAGCAAAUGAAGGAGCAACAUCACAGGGAUCUACAUCACCUCAAACAGGAGCUUGAAGACACAGUGAGCCACUAUGAAAAGCAGCUGGACGAGACAAAAGCCCACUGGGAAAAGGAGCAAGAGGAUAUGAGGAAGAAGUACUCUGAAGAGAUGAAUGUCAUGGAAAAGCAGAUCACUGGCCUCAAAAAUCGAAUAGCAGAGCUGCAGGGAGAGGCAGCAGCGCUCAGGGAACAGCAGGAAGAGCUCGACUGCAAACACAACGACGAGAAAAACAAGUUACAAGUGUGUUUUGAGGAGGAAAAAGCCAACCUGCAGGAACUGCUGAGGCAGGAGCACGAAGAGGACGUUAGGGCCAGACUGGAGCAGGCGAACAAGAAGUUCGGCCGGGAACGGGAAGAACUGAUUCAGAACGGUGUCUGGGUGGAAGAGAAGAUGAGAGUCCUGGUGCAGACGCUGCAGGAGGAGAAGGGAGAGCUGGAGCGCGGCUUCCACGAGCAGCUGAAGAGGCUGGCGGAGGUGCACACCCUGGAGAAGGAAGAGCUGCAGCAGGAGCUGCUGAGGAAGCACGAGCAGGAGCUGGAGGAGGAGAGGAAUAAAAUGGCAAGUGACUAUAACAGAAGAGCAUCUCAUGCACAAACUCAGUUUUCUGUGGACACACAAACACUCGUGAACAAAUAUGAAGAAACUCUCCAAAGCCUGGAAGGACGUUACCAGCGGGAGCUGCGUGAACUCGCUGAGCAGCAAAGGGAGGAGAAAUCCCAGUGGGAGUUUGAAAGGGAUGAGAUUGCUCAGGAGGUCGCUGAAGCCCACGAGCACCUGAAGGAGAGCCUGGCAAAUGAAAAGGCCGUUUCUUCUGCCCUGACCCAGGAGAGAGACCUCCUGGAGAAGAACUUCAAGGAAGAGGUGAACAAGCUGGUGUGCGAGAGGGAGCAGCUCGAGAAGGAGCUGCGAGACCUGAGGAGUGCUGCCGAGGAGCAGGAGAAAAAGCUGAGGGAGAAGAUAGCCCAGCUCCAAAACGACCAUGAAAAAGAGCUUAAGGACAAAGACGAGUUAAUAUCCAUGGUGGAGGAAAAUGGGAAGCUGGUUAGGCAAAAGCUGGAGAGACUGGACAGUGAGUAUAAGCAAGAGAAAGAGGAGCUCAACUCCAAACUUCUUGCUCUGGAGAGUUUAAGCAAAGACAUUUGUGCAAGGGCAGAGACAGAAAAGGCAGAGAUGAGUUUGGAAAUCUCAGCCCUUCAAGGGAAAAUACAGAAACUGCAGUGGGAGGCGCGUGGUUUUUCCGCCCUACAAAGCCAUUACCGGGCCCUGGAGAGCGAGUACGCAAAAGCCAAGAGCAAAAUUGCUUCUUGCCCUGGUACAGCACCUCUGGGGGAUGAUGCAGAAGUUCUCCAAAACCUGCAGAAGGUGCACGAGCAGGCUGUGAAGGAGAAUGUCAGGAUGGCUGCCCAGAUCCUCAGGCUGCAGCACCGGCUCCGAGCCGUGGAGCAGGAACGACCUCCCAGUCCCGACUGCUCCGACUCCGGCUCAGAACCAGAGGGAAUGGACCAGUUUGAAGGGUUGCCCAGUGAUUGUCAAGAUGCAGAGAAGGGAAUGGAUUCAAAUGUCCUUCCACCUUUGGAGGCUGAUAGUACAGACCUGGAAGAUCUGACAGAGGUGGAUUCAGAUUUGGAGGAAGGAUGUGCGAAAGCCAGAGCGGGCGGCCACACGCUCAAGGCACAGGGAUGUUGGAUACAAGGAAGUGAAGCAGCUCUGGAUGCUGAUGGCAGUCAGGAUUGUGACAGGAACCAAGAGCUGCUUUCUUGGGUGCCUCUGCUGCCGAAAAAGAGGGAUCUCGAGAAAGUUCCCAGAGCAAAAAUGCUACACAACGAUGUUAAACUGCAGAAGGUUCCUCCUCUGAAUGGCAGAAUAGCUCCCAAAAAUAAAGGGGUUGUUUCUGAUGCUUUGAAGCUGCAGGUUGAGCUUGAAAAGGCUGAAGAACUGAGUGAAGCCUCUUCUCUGUUGGAUCACGCUCCUGGAUCAACAAAUGGUGACCUGAAGAGCGUUAUAGCUCAGCUUUGGAAAAGAGUUGAAGAGUUGGAAGACAGAUCCCUGGCACAGGCUGAACUUCUGUCACUGCAGGAAGAAAUUCAGGUGGAAAAUGAGGAUCUGAAAGCUGAAAUGAUACAGUUAAUUGAAAGGAAUAAAGUGCUAGAAGACAACCUGGAAAGGCUGAGAAGCCUUCAUUGCGAACGGGGAGAAAGCGAGCUGGAAAGCGUCGAGUUCAAGGAGAAAAACACGCAGCUCCUCCAAAACAUCACAGAAUUGGAAGAUGUCCAAGAACAAGACGUAGAUCUGCACAGUGACACGAGUGGUGGGAAGCUGGAAGAACAUCCCACAGCGUUCACAGGUCAACAAGACCAUUCCCAAAGCGACGGCGCAGCGAGAGGGGCGUUGGUGGAAAAGCCCGACCAGGAGGAGAAGGCGGCUGCUCCGGGCAUCCCAAACUCCGUGUCCUUCCACCGUGAGGGCGAGGAGAGGAGCGUGGUGACACAGGGCUUGCAGAGCACGUGCACUGAGCUGCAGCAGAAGGUUGAUAUCCUGAGAUGCGAGGCCGAGAAGCUCCGAGAAGAAAACGCCGUUCUGAAAAACGAGGUGACUCUGUUAAACGAGGAAGGAAGUGCUUCCAGCCUGAAGCUGAGGGAGCUAAACGGAUCCAGGGAAGAGAUGAGGCAAAAGAUAGAGGCUGUGAGGAAGGAGAAAGUGGCUGUACAGAAGAUGGUUGAGAACCUGAAAAAGCAGGUGGCAGAUCUGAAGACCAGGAACCAACAGCUGGACUCUGAAAAUACGGAACUGAGCCAGAGGAACUCCAAAAAUCAGGCAGAUGUGCAGGAUCUCAAUCAACAGCUGGCAAGGGUGCUCGAGCAAAGGGAGAGGGAAGAGGGAAAAUGUACCCUGGAAGAAUGGGAAAAGGAGAGACUGGUACUGAAACAGGAACUGGAAAACUCCAAAAGAAAGUCCUCAAAUCUGGUGUCAUCCCUGGAGGUGGAGGUGUCAAAGAUGAAGGUUCAAGCUCAUCUAAUGGAGCAGGAGAACCACAUCCUCAAGCAGGAGCUGGAGAAGACAAAACAGCUGCCCAGAUGCCCUGAUCUCUCUGACCUCCAAAAUGAAGUUUCGAGCUUAAUUACGAAAAAUGAAAAGCUGCAGAAGGAGAAAGAAGCCCUGAGCGAGGAACUGAACAGAUGUAUUGAUAAGGUAGCUCAAGUCAGCUGCUUGGAGAGUGCAAUUAGCAGCUUGAAGCAGGAGCAGAAAUCCUGGGAACAGCAGAGUCAGGCACUGAAAGCACAGCUCACCAUCUCACAAGAAAAGGUUCAGAGCCUUGAUGAAACACUGCAGAGCACCAACCUCCAAGUGUCCCGACUGAAAUCCGACUUACGGGUGACGCAGCAGGAGAAGGAAACUCUGAAACAAGAGGUGCUGUCACUGCACAAGCAACUGCAGAGCAGCAGUGAAAAGAAUCGGGUUCUGGAAGGGGCUGUGCCUUCCCCAGGGCUGCAGGACCAGCAGGGGCCAAUGCACUGGGAUGGAGUGGAGCAGCCGACGGAUCGGGAGCAGAGCCUGCUCAGGCAGGAGAAUGAGAGGCUGCAGAGGGAAGUGCAGAGCACUAAAACAGACCUGGCUCACUCCAGGGAGAAGAUCCGACAGCUGGAAUCUACAAUCCUUUCCCUAAAGCACCAAAAGCAUCAAAGCCAGUCAGGCAUCGUCAAAGCCAUAGAGCAGGAGAAACUGAGCCUGAAGAGAGAGUGUGAGCAGCUGCAGAAGGAGUUGUCAUCUGCAAACAGGAAGAUCAGUCAGAUGAAUUCUCUGGAACGUGAACUGGAAACCAGCUCAGAAAAUGAAGGGCUAAGGAAAAAACAAGUCAAGCUGGAUGAUCAGUUAAUGGAGAUGCUCCACUCCAGCUCCAGCGGGAUGCGUAGCCAGAGCCCGCAUUCCUGGGAGCUCCAGCAGCAAGGCUGUGCCGUGGUGCCCAAGGAACAGUUCCUGCAGCUCCAACACCAGCUACUCCAGGCAGAGAGGAGGAGUCAACGUCUCCAGGAAGAGCUCGAGAGUCGACCCUCGGACACGAACAUGCAGCAGGGGGGUCAUGAGCAGCUUCUAAAAAUGAUGGAAGAGCGUAUGAUGGAUGUUGAACAGAAACUAAGGCUUGUGAAGAGGCUUCUCCAAGAUAAAGUGAAUCAGCUGAAAGAACAACUCUCCAAGAACACCAAAGCGGACGCGAUGGUCAAGGAUCUCUACGUGGAGAACGCGCAGCUCCUCAAGGCUCUGGAGGCGACGGAGCAGCGGCAGAAAUCCGCGGAGAGGAAGAACUAUCUGCUGGAAGAAAAAAUUGCCAACCUCAACAGGAUAGUGAGGAACUUGGCAUCCCCUUCCUUCGGCUCAGCCUCCGAGGUCAGGUCGUAG